AUGAAGGUCAUCAUACUGGGCGACAGCGGGGUGGGCAAGACGUCGCUGAUGAACCAGUACGUCCACAAGAAGUUCUCCCCACAGUACAAGGCCACCAUUGGCGCCGAUUUCUUGUCGAAGGAGAUCCAGAUUGACGACAAGCUGGUCACGCUGCAGAUUUGGGACACGGCGGGCCAGGAGAGGUUUCAGAGCCUGGGGGUAGCGUUCUACCGCGGAGCGGACUGCUGCGUCAUCGUCUACGAUGUGAACAACAACAAGUCGUUUGACAACCUGGACCACUGGAAGGACGAGUUCCUGGUGCAGGCGGCGCCCAGAAACAAGGAGAGCUUUCCGUUCGUGGUGGUGGGGAACAAGAUUGAUCAGGACAACGGGGAGAGCAGAGUGGUGUCCGAGUAUAAGGCCAGGCGCUGGUGCGCUGUGAAUGGCAACAUUCCGCAUUUUGAGACGUCCGCCAAGGAGGACAUCAACGUUGAUGCAGCUUUCAUGAAUGUGGCCAAGAAUGCUCUGAGCAACGAGCCUGUGGACGAGUAG